CCACAGAUCAGUCUGCCAGUGCCUCAGCCUGCAGCUCAUUCGCGCUUACUUUCCCCCCCGCCUCACUUUCUCACUUGUCUGUGCUCCUCUGCUUACUGAUACUUCUGCUGCCACUCUUCCUUUCCUGUCCUCCCCUCAUCUCUUCCACUCGUCCUCCUCAUCUUCAGUCCACCAUGGUGAAUAGAUAGCCGCCCGGCCGUGCUGAGACCAUGGGUGCCUGCCUCUGCAGAGGUCACAAAGAGCCCCAGCUUCCCGUAUCAACGCUGCACCAGGCUGAGGAGGGUCAACCAUCCUCUGUCAACGAUGGACAGAAUCCCUCCAAUGGCAGUGUAGCAGACAAGACCAACCACUAUGACAUUGGCGAGCUGGCCACAUCCUCUCUGAUGGGCCUGGUGGCCACUAUAAAGGAGCAUAUCACCAAGCCAACAGCGAUGGCGCAAGGGCGAGUUGCUCACCUGAUUGAGUGGAAGGGUUGGGGUGGAUGCGGUGAGGCUGGUGGAGGUGGGAGAGGUUGGAGCGGGGCCUGGGGUAGAGGAGGCGGAGGCUGGGGGGGCAUGGAGGCCGAGCUUCAGGAAGAUGAACAAUUCUACUCCCAAAUGACGGAUGAGAUCAAGGAAGCUCGCUUUGCUGCAGGUGUGGCGGAGCAGUUUGCCCUGGCUGAAGCUGCCAUGAAUGUGUGGUCCAUGAAUGAUAACUUAGAGCAGCCGUCCACCAGCUUACAAGCAGCACAAAGCCACUUCUUGUCUCAGUUCCUGCUUGAUGGAGGAAGCGUUGGUGUUCCCCAGCACUUGUACAGCAUUCACGCCCAGACUUACGGCAGCAACAGCGCAACCAUCCUGGUCCCACCGCAGCCAGGCCACUCCAUUUCCCUGAUGUCCAACACUCAGCAGGACAGAGACCAUCCUUUUGAGGAGAGUGCUGUGACUGCAGAGGCUGCUGUCCGACACGUAGACAGCAGCUCGCUCUCCGAGGAUGAUGUUUUUUACAACUAGGCUUGGAAAGAAGCCCGAAGGCAAUUUUCACUGCAAUCUCCAAAAUGAGCCUCAGUGAGAGGUUGAGUCUUGACCACCAGCAAUGAGUGAUUCAAGAAAUAAACGCAGACAUCUGUGAGAUAUUUCAAGAAGCAACUCCUCAAAUUACAUCUUUGGAAUGGUCUGAGAGCCCAGUGUUCAGAUACAAAGACUCCACAUAGUAUUUUCUCCUUGGUCGAGACAUAGACUUUUGUGAAUGUACAUACUGUAGUUCAGCAGUUACAUUUUAAUUUUUUAUUCAAUGUACAGUAAACACUUUACAAUUAUAUGUAGAGCUGAACUGUGAAGAGUCAAAUGCUGCCGUGUAAAUAUCUUGUUAUAAAACCUCAGUUGUAAUAUAUGUGUUGCAUAAGACUGUCCA